UCACGGGAUCAUGUGACAGUCCGGCCGAAGCGACACACUUUAGUAUUUUACAUCUAUCGACAUUAAACCAACAGGUUUGUUAAGCAGUCGCUUAUUUUAAAGAGUCGCGUAGUUAAAUGCUCGUGUAACGUUAGACGAACUUUGACUGUUGUUUGAUUUCUCACCGCGACUUUUGUUCACUGGUUUGCAGAUUUUAUUUCCUCAUAAUGAAAAAAAAAAAACGCAGUCAACACAACACACUUCAACCGAUGUAACUGAGACCAAUAAAACAUCAGCAGAUUUCACGAGACUGUCCUGAUUCAUCAUACAGAAGGUUAAGAGAGACAUGGCGCGUGCGCUUGUGUGUUUGUGUGCUCUGAUCUGUGCUGCUGCUGCUGUGCCGCCGAUAGGAACUCAACCUGAACAGGUGCACAUCUCAUAUCCAGGUGUAAAGAACUCUAUGGUGGUCACAUGGUCGACCUCCAAUCAGACGGAGAGUGUUGUAGAAUACAGUGUGUGGGGUGAUGCGCUCUUCAGGAAGAAGGCAAAGGGAAACUACACCGUCUUUACUGAUGGAGGGACAGAAAACAGGACAACCUACGUUCACCGGGUAACGCUGACUGACCUGAGACCAGGGUCGGCCUAUGUGUAUCACUGUGGCAGUGACGCCGGCUGGAGUGACGUCUUAUAUCUCACAUCUCUGAACGAAAGCUUGAGUUUCAGCCCCAGAUUCGCUCUGUACGGUGACAUGGGCAAUGAAAACCCUCAAUCUUUGAGUCGACUGCAGAAGGAAACUCAGAUCGGGAUGUACGAUGCUAUUCUGCACAUCGGGGACUUUGCCUAUGACAUGCAUGAGGACAACGGCAGGAUCGGUGAUGAGUUCAUGAAGCAGAUCGAAUCCAUCGCUGCAUACGUGCCCUACAUGACAUGUCCGGGUAACCAAGAGUGGGCUUAUAACUUCUCCCACUACAGAUAUCGGUUCAGUAUGCCGGGACACACAGAGAACCUCUGGUACAGCUGGAACAUCGGGCCUGCUCACAUCAUCUCGUUCUCCACUGAAGUUUACUUCUAUCUGGAAUAUGGUCUGGAUCUGCUCUUCAGACAGUACGAGUGGCUCAAGAAAGACCUUGAGGAAGCAAACAGACCCGAGCAGCGAGCCGAGCGUCCGUGGAUCAUCACUAUGGCACACAGACCAAUGUACUGCUCCGAUGAUGAUGGGGACGACUGCACGCACUUCCAAAGUUACGUUCGCCGUGGACGCAAUGACACAAAGCCCAUCGCCCCCGGACUUGAGGAUUUAUUCUACAAAUACGGAGUUGAUUUGGAGCUGUGGGCGCACGAGCACACGUAUGAAAGACUUUGGCCCGUGUAUGAUUAAAAGGUGUAUAACGGAAGCUUUGAAGAACCGUAUGUGAAUCCUAAAGCGCCUGUGCAUAUAAUCACAGGUUCUGCUGGCUGUAGAGAAAAACACGACGGCUUCAUCCCCAAACCUCGCAGCUGGAGCGCUUUCAGAAGCACAGAUUACGGCUACACACGGAUGCACCUGAUCAACUCCACACAUCUCUACCUGGAGCAGGUGUCUGACGACCAGUAUGGGAAGGUGAUCGAUCACAUCAUGCUGGUGAAGGAAACGCAUGGACCGGACGCGUGGCUCUGAAGAUUCAUGGAUUCUGACGGACGCCGAUCAAACGCUACGUCUCUGGAAAACACUGUGACUGGAGAUCAACAUAAACGGGAUCGACCACAUCUGAAAUCUCAGGCAACAAAUCCUCUCCAAAGAUCUAAUGGGAAUGUGUGAUUCUUUAAAACUCUUUCAGACUAAUUGACACGUCUUCUUGAAUCAUGGUAAAUUAAUCGAAAAGGGAUUUUCCGAGAAGUUGUUGGAAAGAUUACAAACGAGACUGAGAGCAUUGCAAACAUCUUCGUGUUGAAAAUGAAAAUGAAAUGAAAUGAAAAUUCCCUCAUGACUUUGUGAGGCGUGACGCUGUUUAACUGUGACCCGUUUUCAUUUUAGCAGGAAGUUAAAAUACAGUUUAUCUUUGAUUUGAUUUCUCAACUGAUCAGCUCUGUUUCCAGACUUAGUGAGGAAGAGUUUAAGCGCCACAGAUUCUUCUAUAGAUACGCUGUCGUCUAAGAUUCCUUCUUUUGACCAAAUUGCAAGGCAGCAAUACAUGUAUCCUUGACCCAGUGUUGGACUAGUUACUCUGAAAAAGUAAUGAAUUACUAGUUACUAAUUACAUAUUCAGAAGAGUCUUUAGAUUACUGUACAAAUUACUCUCACCAAAAAGUAUUUAAUUACUGAUUACUUUCUAUAUCCUAUAUCAACCUUGAUUAGAAUUGAUUCAAGGAUAAACAUGAAACGACUCUUAAUUCAUUCAAAUAAAUAACUGCAUCAAUUAUUCUUUUUAACUGACCAAAGUAUACAAAUGUGAGAAGGAUACAUUAAAGCAAACAUUUUAAAGAUAGACUUUUGAUGUCAGUUCCACUAUUAUUUACAGUUUUUAGUUCAAUUACAUCAGAAGUAACUGUAAUUAAAUUACAGAAAAAAAAUAAGAGGAAUCCCUUACUUUACAUUUUUAAGGGAAAAGUAAUUAAAUUACAGUAACUAAUUACUUGGUAACUAGUUACACCCAAUACUGCCUUGACCAAUAUGGCAAUCCCAGAAUGCAUUGUGACGAUGCUGCCUAUGAAUACAUACAGUAGUGGCCAAAAGUGGUGUCUGGACUCCGGAGGCCAUAUUUGCAUAACUCUGGUUACAUUAAAACAUCAAAAUAUGAGAUGUUUGGGGAAAUACUAAACGACUUGUUUAAUGUAUUUUAUUUUUGACGAAAUUAUUUGCCUAAACAUGCAAACUAUAGCACAUCAGGAAAAUGCACAAAAAAAGCAUAGAAUAACAUGAAUUGAUUUUUAUUAGUUAUUAUUAUUUGGUCGAUCUUCUUUUUGACUAAAUGUAACCCUGGUUCACAAAACCAGUCUUAAGUAGCACGGGAGUAUUUGUGGCAAUAGCCAACAAAACAUUGUGUGGGUCAAAUUGAUCAAUUUUUCUUUUAUGCCAAAAACCAUCAGGAUAUUAAGUAAAGAUCAUGUUCCGUGAAGAUGUUUUGGUAAUUUCCUACCGUAAAUAUAUCAAAACGUUAUUUUGUGAGUAAUAUGCUAUGCUAAGGACUUCAUUUGGACAACUUUAAAGGCGAGUUUCUCAGUAUUUUGAUUUCUUUGCACCCUGUGAUUCCAGAGUUUUAAAUAGUUAUAUCUCAGUCAAAUAUUGUCCGAUCCUAACAAACCGUACAUCAAUGGAAAGCUCAAUUAUUAAUUUCAAUUUCGAAAAAUUCACCCGUAAGACUGGUUUUGUUGUUCAGGGUCACAAAUAAGCUUUGAUAAGUGUAUUAAUUAUUUGCCAAACCUCCUUAAAUUCUUCUCAGAGCUGAGCUUCACUUUACACUCCAUACACAACAAGCAUACAAAUGUGAAAACGUUAUUAAAAAUGGUUUAAUAAAGGCCAAACGCGUCACAUCACUUUUGGUCACAACUGUAUAUUUUAUUUAAUACAGAGAGUUAAAAUAGGUAGAUUUAUUUAAAAUGGGCAAUAUGUUUGUGAUUGUUAGAGGCUUAUUAAAGUAUUAUGUCUUCACAUUAGCAACAUUAUAAUGUCACUUUCUGUUGGAAUCAGUUUUUAGUUUAGUACCUAUGUAGACAGCAGCGAGUAAGACCAGUCCCUCACUAGUGUUCAAAACAGAGCUAUUCAUCUCUGGACAUUUUCUCUCUGAACAAGAAUGGCUGCUUUGAAUGUAUGAACUUUAAUAAAUCUACAGAUGGCACCUGGGGGUCUUUAUAUAAAACACAAGAGCUGAUGUUUUACCAGGGUAAACAAAAAAUACGUAGUUACAUGGACAUCAAUCUAUUCCCAAUGGCAACAUGACAGAGAUUUGCGAUCACAUAUUUUUGUACAAUUCACAUCAUGCAAAUAUUUUUUAAUUCCUGUGAGAUCAGACUGGUAAAGGCAUGAAAAUCACCUCAGAGGAGUUCUGCUUCAACUUAGAGGUGCACAGCAUUGACCUUUGACCCUUGAGCCGUCGACUGUUUUUAACAGCCCGAGGCCUCUCCCAGGGUCACGUUUACUGUUUUUGCGGAUUGUAAUUUGUCGGACGGGUUCACUGAAGACACAGCACUGCUCCAGCUCACCUGUGAGACAUCUUGUAAACAAUUUCUGAUGUUCUAGUGAAGUGGUUUUUUGGAAUAACGGAUAGAAAUGUCCGGUGUUAUUACACAUCUCUCUAGAAUACUGAGAUUUGUGUGUACUUGACGGUGAACCGCAGAAAAAUAAUAUUUCUUAGUUUUUGUCUUGUUUUCCAAAAUAUUUAAACAUCCUUAAAGGUGGAGUGGGUGAUUUGGAAAGGUGCUAAUUUUAGCCUGCUAGCACUGAAAUUAUAAUCCCACCCUAUAUGCGAUUCGCGGUCCAAAGCCACGCCUCCUCCAAACACAUGAAUGUAUUUUGUAAAUGCACGUAACGAAUUACAAACUAAAUCCAUUCAAUUUCAAAAGAAAUUGUUUGUCUUCUUCAUUUUUCAGUGUUCUUUGUGGGGCAUUUACUUGCAAUCUUUGAUUAUUUAUUGAUUAUUUAUUUUAUUGAUAAAUUACUUGUGCAUUUUUAUGUGAAUGUCUUAACACGAUUUAACAUUGGCAUGUACUGAUGAUCAUAGAAGCAUAAGAAACAGAUGAAUGCAUGCAUACUGUUAAUGUACUGCACAUUAUGCAUCCUUCCUCGUCAAAUUAAACACACAAAACUGAAUAAUUCUGUCUCUCUAACACUCAUCAAACAAAAUGUUAUUACAAAUUUAAUCAACAUAGUAAUCAGUUCAUAUAUUGUUUUGGAAUUCAGUGAAAUUUGUUGCAAAAACAGCUGCUUCCACUGUCUGUCCCGCUUAAAUCCAUUCAAACAGACUGACAGUUUGGAACUAUUGAGAGCUCCAUGAACCACGUGAGCACACGGUGUGUCGCAACUCUGUUUUUCAACGGGUCUGGUCAUUGAGACCAUUUGCGUACGAAAUUUCUGCACGUUAAAAAAUAAAUACAACCUCACGUUGUCUAAUUUCACAUUUACACACUGCCUCCGAUAUUUUCAUCCGUCAUAAAAAAAAUUCGGACUGGGUUAGGUUUUCUGCGUUUUUCGCAACCAUAGCAAGCUUUUUGAGAAGUGUUUUGACAUUUCAGAGAAACCGUACAAACGAGCGCCAAAUACCAAAAAACGAAUACGAACAUUUCAGACUGUUUGUGCAAAAAGACCUUUACAAGGACGGAAGUGCAUUUUCAGAUUUUAACUGAAGAUUAUGAGGGCUCACAAAUUGAGAAUGACCCACAUUGACUCAACUACAGUAUUUACA